AACACCCUUGUAAAUCUUUUCUGAACCCUUUCGACUUUCACAACAUUGUUCCUUUCGAAGGGAGGCCACAACUGUACACAUUCCAAAAGUGGCCUAACCAAUGUCCUGUACAGCCACAACAUGAUCUCCCAAUUCCUAUACUCAAUGCUCUGACCAAUACAUGAAAACAUACCAAGCACCUUCUUCACUAUCCUUCCUGAAGAAUUAAAGAUUCUUAGGAAGCUUGACAGGGUCAAUGCUGAGAUGUUGUUUCCCAUUGUGAGAGAGUUUAAGACCAGGGACAUAAUCUCAGAAUAAGAGGUUGCACAUUUAAGACAAGCAUGAGGAGGAAUGUUUUUUUCUUACAGGGUAGUGAAUGUGUGGAAUUCCUUAUCACAGAGGGUAGUUGAGUGGAACCGUUAAUAAGUUCACAGUUGGGAUCGACAGAUUUUUUUUUAAAAUAAUAAGCGCAUAUAGGUGAAAGGAUUAAAACUAAAAUGGUUAAGUACAGAAUUAUCUCAAAUUGUUUGCAGUGAAAUAAGUAUAUGUAGAUGGCAAACAGCCAGGCCAGGGAGUGAAUGACAGACACACUGAGGCAGCAUGCACUGCACAAUGAGCAAGAUACAGAACACUUUGAGUGGACAAGGACAAUGUCUGAUGUAUGUACACUGAGGCAUAAAUGACAUCUAUGUGACCAACAGUUGUACGUUUAUCAAACUAAAAAUUGAAUAUAUGGUUUACGUGUAUACAUGAUAAGAAGUGCUGAGUUUUUUUGUUAGAAUUUAGGCUGUUAAGGUUCCCUCUGCUUGUUUUUGCAUAGAGUUUGUUUCAUUGGUAUUUGUCCCUUUGAUAACUGUUAAUUAUAUUUGCUUAUCUGCUUCCUUAAAAACAGCCCAGGAUUGUAACAGUAUGUACUGAUGGGUAUAAACAGAAUCAGAUUGAGAUAUCUGAUGACCCAGUCUCAAGUGGAGAAUCACUUCCCAUAACCCCAGCCCUCUUCAACUGUAUUUGUUCCCAUUAUAUUUCAAUGUAUCUUCGUAAACUGAAGUUUCAUUGCUCACAAACAUCCUUUGUUGAAUAAUAAGGUUUCACUUUCCCUUUCUUGGUCUGGUGAUGUAUGAUAAAAUUCCAAUAGUUCUCUUGUUCCUUUAAUGCCACUUAUUUUGAUCUAGUUUUGUCUGCGUUGAUGUCUGACAAAGAUUUUGUCAUAAAUCUGUAAUCAUGGCUCCUUCACAAGGAAACUGUCAAUUUAUCAGAAAAUAUUUCCUUCUGUGAUAGAUUAUCAAGACUAUACAAAUCUUUAGCAGUGUUAGAGAAACAUGUUGGGAGUACGUGCAGACUACAAAUGGUAAUAAUUGCAUGUAUAUACUGAUCGAUCUUCAACAUUGUUGUGGUAAUCUAGCACUAAUAUGGAAGAACGUUUUUAGUAUUCUUAAAUCGAUAAAAGUUACCUUUUAACCAGUUUUCUGAAUCUUAUUACUACCAUAACGUAAUUAGUGUUAAAUAGAAUCUAAUGACUUAACUAUGCACAUAAAACUGAGAGUACAGUGAACAAUGUUUCGAUCAUAAAGACAAAAUAAUAUCCCAUGCCAAUUGGUAGGGAUUCAGAUACGGAGACAUGAUGAUCUCAGAAGUUAUCCUUUUUUGGUGAUAAAGGUUUGUUCAUCAUCAUGGUGAUCACAGAUGACCUUUUUAUCUCAGAAAUUGCUCAGUACUCGAACGCUGUUCGCACAGAGCCGCAGUCCUCCGCUAACCGGCUGUAGCCUUCAUGGGGGAAGCGUUAAAGUGAUCAUGCAAAUAAAAGCUCGCUCCCCUCCUGCGUUUGGUUGAUAAGACUCGCCAACUGAAACAUCUACUGGCCGUCUUUAAUCAGAUUGGGAACAGCGAAAGAGUCGUCAUUCACCGAGGUGGGGUUUGAACAAACUGGCUGCAGUUUGUGGGUAAACUGCGUGUGAUUUGUUAAUGAUCUGAUCUAUUUGUCUGCGGAGCCGAACCUUCCCGCAAUGUGAGUUUGUCCAGCCAGGCAAGGCUGUGAAUCAUGUGCGUCAACGGGUCCCUGCUCCUUAAUGAAAGCACGGGAAACAGCAGGCUGGAGGGGGAAACUGUUACUGUCUUGAGCAUCUUGUGUGUGACUCUGUUGAGCUUUCUGAUCAUCGCCACCUUCGUGUGGAACCUGCUGGUGCUGCUGACUAUCCUGAGAGUGAAGACCUUUCACCGAGUGCCUCAUAACUUGGUGGCCUCCAUGGCGGUCUCUGAUGUGAUGGUGGCUACCUUGGUGAUGCCUCUGAGUCUGGUCAAUGAGCUGUUCGGGAGGCGCUGGAGGUUGGGCAGGGUCCUUUGUCACAUCUGGAUUUCCUUCGAUGUGCUCUGCUGCACGGCGAGUAUCUGGAACGUUACCGCCAUCGCCCUGGACAGGUUCUGGUCUAUUACCAGGCACCUGGAGUACACUUUAAAGACUCGAAAGCGGAUCUCCAAUAUUAUGAUCGUCCUAACCUGGGCGCUUUCGGCUGUCAUCUCGUUCUCGCCCCUUCUUGGAUGGGGGGAAACUUACUCGGCUGACAAGGAAAACUGCCAAGUCAGUCAGGAGCCCUCCUAUACCAUCUUUUCAACCUGCGGCGCUUUCUAUUUGCCGCUUUGUGUGGUUCUGUUCGUCUACUGGAAAAUCUACAAGGCUGCCAAGUUUAGGAUAGGGAGCCGCAAGAGGAAUGCUGUUGUUCCAUUGCCGGAAAUACUGCAGGUAAAGGAAGCCAGUCACCAGCCCCAGAUGGAGUGUGCGGUCCGACAUACUGCCCUGACCUUCCAGGCAGAUGGAGAAGCCUGGCGCCAACAGAAGGAAAAGAAGGCGGCGGUGAUGGUAGGGAUCUUGAUCGGGGUCUUCGUCCUGUGUUGGAUCCCAUUCUUCAUCACUGAGCUCAUCAGUCCUUUGUGUUCUUGCAACAUUCCUCCUGUUUGGAAGAGUAUCUUUGUCUGGCUCGGUUAUUCCAAUUCUUUCUUCAAUCCUCUCAUCUAUACAGCUUUCAACAAAAAUUACAACAACGCCUUCAGAUAUUUAUUUAUCAAACAGCGAUAAGUGUAAAUGGAAUAAUCUGUCCUAAGCUGUCUCCUGAAUGUGCUAACAGUAAAAUUCCCCUUUUACAACUGAUAAAACCCGCAUAAUACGCCAUUACAUUAAAUCAUCACUAUAUAAAUAUCGAAUCUGUUGAUGUCUGGAGUGGAACAUAAAAAUAAAGUUUAAACUAGGUAUUUUACUGUGUUGUUGCAAUACUUGUGAUUAUUUCGAAAAACAUCGAUGGUUCGCCUUACCAGGCGAGCUCAGUCUGCAUACACUGACAUCACAUGUGCCAGCUCUUUAUUCACACAUCUCAGAUACAAGAUGCUGUUAAGAUAUUGACGAUAAUUGAGUUUACGUUUUUGAACAAGUUAUUUUAAAUGACUAAACAUUUCCAACUGUAAAGUUUCAGAACCGUCUCUUUGAGUGAACUGUGGAUUAUCUUUGAAUAUCGAUGUAUGCAAUUAUUUGGGUUCAUACUCGCGAAUGGACAUUUGGCUACUGAUCACAUUUGGACAAUUUUGUUGUUCUGAAUCUGGUCUGAAUCUGUGAGAUGUCUCCUAAAAUGACACCAUCAAAAAUUGCUAUUGACUUUAAAUUGAGAGUUAAUUAUACCAAUUAUUAGAUAGCAAAAUGAGCAAAGGACUGUUAUUUAUACUUUUUGUUUGCUCUACUGGCUGCUGGCUUGAUGACUGCGGUAUUCCAAAGGCUGCAUCUUACAUAUAACCAAAAAUAGUUCUCAGCCUGACUUUACGACAGCGAGUCAAAACAAUUAAAGGAUUGACUGUCAGAUCAUUCAACAGAAAAUACAAUUACAGGGAGGAUUUAUUAAGACAGACCCACUUCUCCAAAUAUGCAUGAUUUCCAGAUUUUGUAAGUUUGUUUCUAAUGCCUAUUUGCAUAUGGCAAGCAGACAUUAUGUUCAUACAGCCUAUUUGUGUCUCUGUGAAGUAAUGUAUAAAUCACAGCAAACAUUAUUUUGAGAGUAUUUCAGAAAUAUUUUAUGUUGCAAAAUGU